AUGGCGACAACAAACGGAGUAACGGCAACUGAGAGUCAGAAUAGUUCUUCGGGUGCCACAGACAGACGGAAUCAGGUAAUGGUUGGUGAAUUACCAUCUGAUUUUCUGCGCACUGGAAUUCCCUUGACACAAGAGCAAGAAGAUGAGCGCAUUGCAAGAAUCUUACAAGCACAACAACAGGCUGGUGUCAAUGUCGUGUCUGCAUCCAACUUUGCAGGCAGACUCAGCAUUUCAGUUGUACAGGCUAAACUUACCAAAAACUAUGGGUUGACAAAAAUGGAUCCCUAUUGUAGAGUAAGGGUUGGACACACUGUAUUUGAAACUCCAACAGCUUACAAUGGGGCCAAAACACCCAGAUGGAACAAGACUGUCAGCACGUACCUGCCCAUUGGUGUUGAUUCCUUGUAUCUGGAAGUUUUUGAUGAGAGAUCUUUUACAAUGGAUGACCGGAUUGCCUGGGCUCAUAUUAGGAUUCCAGAUGCAGUAAUGAACGGUGAGACUGUUGAUGAGUGGUUCCCGCUGAGCGGCAGACAAGGUGAUGACAAAGAAGGCUCUAUUAAUCUGGUCCUCUCACUUACCGCCCCUGUGGAGAGUAAUGUCUACAGCUACACAUACCCCACCCCUGUUCCUGUGAUGAUGCCCAUGUACUACCCCCCUCCAACCCAACCAAUGGGCCCUAUAGGUCAGGUGCCAGUAUACCCACCUCAGCAGCCGCGGGGACCAUUGUACACAGAGGAGGACUUGAAACAGGUGAAAGAUAUGUUCCCCAACAUGGAGGAUGAGGUCAUCAAAUCCGUGAUGGAUGCCAACUGUGGUAAUAAGGAUGCAACCAUCAAUUCUCUGCUGGCAAUGGGUUCCGAAUAA